UCACACUCGCCAGUCGAAGCCUCGAAGUACUUUUAUGAGUUUUAUCUCUUGGAUCAAACUGUGGUCGCUGAUGUUUGCCUCUGGCUGAUUGCUAGUCUCAUUUACAAAAUCGAAAUAAGUCAAAACCCUACCUUUAACGGCGAGGCAUCGUACAACUGUUAAAUUUAUCGCUCCCCAAACACUCCCAGAGAAAACCCUAGAAAUCCCGACAGAGCCGCAAUCCGCAAUCCCCAAUCCAUGGCGACGAACACGCCCAAUUUGGAGUGCCGCAUGUACGAAGCCAAGUACCCAGAAGUGGACAUGGCGGUGAUGAUUCAGGUCAAUAACAUCGCCGACAUGGGCGCGUACGUCUCGCUGCUCGAGUACAACAACAUCGAGGGUAUGAUCCUCUUCUCCGAGCUCUCUCGACGUCGGAUUCGAAGCGUGAGUAGCCUGAUCAAGGUGGGACGCAUCGAGCCUGUGAUGGUCCUUAGGGUUGAUAAGGAAAAAGGGUAUAUUGAUUUGAGCAAGAGGAGGGUUUCAGAGGAGGAUAUUCAGGCGUGCGAGGAGAGGUACAACAAGAGCAAGCUUGUUCACUCGAUUAUGCGGCAUGUUGCCGAGACGAUGCAGCUUGAUUUGGAGGAUUUAUACAUCCACGUCGGAUGGCCUUUAUACCGAAAAUAUGGUCAUGCUUUUGAGGCAUUUAAGAUAAUUGUGACUGACCCUGAUUCGGUUCUGAAUUCCCUCACUCGUGAAGUUAAAGAAGUUGGCCCUGAUGGACAGGAGGUGACAAAGGUGGUCCCUGCUAUAUCUGAGGAAGUGAAGGAUGCUUUGGUAAAGAAUAUUAGGAGAAGAAUGACUCCACAACCAUUGAAAAUUCGGGCUGAUAUUGAAAUGAAAUGUUUCCAGUUUGAUGGUGUGCUUCACAUUAAGGAAGCAAUGCGGAAAGCAGAAGCGGCGGGCAAUAAGGAUUGUCCAGUGAAAAUUAAACUGGUUGCUCCUCCGCUUUAUGUUCUUACUACUCAGACUCUUGACAAGGAGCAAGGAAUGUCAAUUCUCAAUAAUGCCAUUGCUGCUUGCACAGAAGAAAUUGAUCGCCAUAAAGGAAAGCUUAUCGUAAAGGAGGCACCCAGAGCUGUGAGUGAACGGGACGAUAAACUACUUGCUGAGCAUAUGGCUAAGCUAAGUCAUCAGAACGAGGAAAUCAGUGGCGAUGAAGGCAGUGAAGAAGAGGAAGACACUGGCUUGGGAGACAUUGAUGUAGAGAACUCAGGUCCUGGCAUAACAGACUGAGGAAUGCAGCAUAGUUGGUGAUGAUUUUAUCAAGUUCUUGAGAUCUUUUCUUUGUUAAUUUUUCACGUAGGUGUUUAGUGGUUGUAGAAAACCAACUUUCAAGUAAUUGUGUCAUUAAGAAAUUUUGUCAAAUUACAAAUUCAACGAGUUAUUUCUGAACCCGGGACCAACUUAUACAAUGUUGAACAUUUUUUUCCAGUUCAUUUGAGAAUGUACUCUCUUUUACUUGAGGAUUGUGUUUACUUCUGAAUGGAGCCUGUUGUGUAUUUGA